CUGAUAUACAAACGGAUGUGUGAACAACUAAAUCUAGCGGUUGCGGGUACGGUUCCAUCUAACAGGCUAACAUGAAGGGGAUUGCCAUUGUUAUCGUAGUCCUGAUAUCCGUUACAAACGGAUUGGAUUUUUGUUCAUCGAAUCAGAAAGAAAAGGCAAAAUGUGGGAGCAAUGGUAUAUGUAAAAUGCCAACAUGUACGAACGUAACAACAACAGCAGCACCAACAACAGCAGCACCGAAAGGAGCACCAACAAAAGCAGGGAAAAUAUCACCAACAGCAGCACCACCAACAGCAGCACCACCAACAACAGCAGCAACAACAGCAGCAACAACAACAGCAGCAACAACAACAACAGCAGCAACACCAAUAGCGUCACCAACCAUUGCUGAUUGUAAUUUAACAUGUGGAACUGGUCAAGUUUGCCGUUACAAAUGUACAGAUGAAAGUGGAUCCAUUAAGCAUGGACUGUCCCCUCUGGUCCUGCUAGUCGGAGUCUUCACCAAACUGUUUCUGGUCGGAUAACUUGACUUGAUAAAGGCGUUCUGCAAGUUGUUCUUUUGAUUAUAUCGUGUCACAGGUAGCAUGACGGAUAACAACUAUGUAGCAACAAACGUCUUUGUCGCAAGCAUUGACUCUAAUCAAGACGAGCUGCAACAAGAAUCCAGACCAGACCCUUUGAUAACAUUGUGCUUGGAAUUUACUUUGCAGUUAAAUCUAGUGUAUUUCAAAACAUUUUGAACAUUCAUAUUACAAAACAAAAUACCAGAAGAUCUCCGAUACUUUGAGUUCAUACCGGCAAAAUUAACAAAAUAAUGAAUAAACAAAUAAACAAAUGAUAUAAAUAUAAAAAAUAAAAGCAUAAAAUUAACUAUCAUGAUCAAAAUACCCAAGGGAUAUAUGUAAAGCAGCGCGGGAGACGGAGACAUUAGCAAUUCGAAAUAAGGUAUUUGUUUUCUUUUUCUUUUUGGAGAAUGAUGCCAAUACCCUAAACAAAAUCUUAGUACUGAAAUCCCAUUUGAUAAUCAAAAUACAUGCAUUAAUGAAAACAUUUGCAAUAUAUAUUGUAAUUGAACAUAUCCUAAUGCAAUUGUAUUUUGGUGCGUGGUUGUACUUUAAUAACAUU